CGCGACUAUUUUUUUUCUUCUCCCCAUCUCCCUUAUCUAUCCCCCUUCCUCCUCAUCCUUGUUUUUUUUUUCUUGGACAUUCUUUCGUCCUUUACCCUCGGUCUUUAUUCUGGAAGAGGCUGUUUAACAUCCCCUUCCUUCAUACAACCUCAUUCUUUUGAGUCUUUGUUUCUGUUUUUUCUUCUCAUACCCGCCAAAAAAUCGAAAAGGACCGCAUAAUGUCUUACAACGGUGGCUAUCAGCGCGACCAGCGCGACUCCUACCGCUCCAGAAACGGUGGCAGUGGUGGAUACUCGAAUGGCUACUCUGGUGGUGGUAGUGGUGGCUAUGGAGGUGGUUACGGCGGUGGUGGCUACAGCGGCGGCUAUGGCGGAAGAGGUGGUGGUAGCGGCGGUGGUGGUGACCGGAUGUCCAACCUCGGCGCUGGCUUGAAAAAGCAAGAAUGGGAUCUGGAUUCUUUGCCCAAGUUUGAGAAGUCUUUCUACAAGGAGCACCCUGAUGUCGCCAACCGGUCUCAGCGUGAUGUUGAUGAUUUCCGUAAGAAGUUUGAGAUGUCUGUGCAAGGAAGGAACAUCCCUCGUCCCGUCGAGACCUUCGACGAGGCUGGUUUCCCCCAAUAUGUGUUGAGCGAGGUUAAGGCUCAGGGUUUCGAACGCCCUACCGCCAUUCAGUCUCAGGGAUGGCCCAUGGCUCUUUCUGGUCGUGACGUUGUUGGUAUUGCCGAGACUGGUUCCGGAAAGACUCUGUCCUACUGUCUUCCUGCUAUUGUCCACAUCAACGCCCAGCCCCUUCUUGCUCCUGGUGACGGCCCGAUUGUUCUCGUCCUCGCCCCUACCCGUGAAUUGGCAGUCCAGAUCCAGGCAGAAAUAACCAAGUUCGGAAAGUCGUCUCGCAUUCGUAACACGUGUGUGUACGGUGGUGUCCCCAAGGGCCCCCAGAUCCGUGACUUGAGCCGCGGUGUCGAGGUCUGCAUUGCUACUCCCGGUCGUCUCAUUGACAUGCUCGAGGCCGGCCGCACCAACCUCCGCCGUGUCACUUACCUUGUUCUUGACGAGGCCGACCGCAUGCUGGACAUGGGUUUCGAGCCACAGAUCCGCAAGAUUAUCUCUCAGAUUCGCCCUGACCGUCAGACUUGCAUGUGGUCCGCCACGUGGCCCAAGGAAGUUCGUCAGCUUGCUUCGGAUUUCCUCAACGAUUACAUCCAAGUUAACAUCGGUUCCAUGGAUUUGUCCGCUAACCACCGUAUCACACAAAUCGUGGAGGUCGUGUCAGACUUUGAGAAGCGCGAUAAGAUGAUCAAGCACCUCGAGAAGAUUAUGGAGAAUCGCGGCAACAAGUGUCUUAUUUUCACCGGUACCAAGCGUAUCGCCGACGAAAUUACUCGCUUCCUCCGUCAGGACGGAUGGCCAGCACUUUCUAUUCACGGUGACAAGCAGCAACAAGAAAGAGAUUGGGUCUUGAACGAGUUCAAGACGGGCAAGAGCCCAAUCAUGGUGGCUACUGAUGUGGCUUCCCGUGGUAUCGAUGUUCGCGACAUUACUCAUGUGCUGAACUAUGACUACCCCAACAACUCGGAAGACUAUGUUCACCGUAUUGGUCGAACUGGUCGUGCCGGUGCCAAGGGUACCGCCAUUACUUUCUUCACCACUGACAACUCUAAGCAGGCUCGUGACUUGGUCACCAUCCUUACUGAGGCUAAGCAGCAAAUUGACCCCCGUCUCGCCGAGAUGGUUCGCUACAGCGGUGGCGGCGGCGGCGGCGGCCGUGGCGGCUACGGCCGCUGGGGUGGCCGUGGUGGUGGCCGUGGCCGUGGAGGCAACUACACUGCUUCCAAUGCCGCUCCCCUUGGAGGCAACCGCCGUUGGUAAAACUGCUCGUAAUGCCCAGUUCAGUCAUUGAGCUUGUAUUCCCAUUGUCGCAUCGGUAGAUCUUGCUUUCCUUCGCAUUCGGUAUCCAUUGUAACUCUUUACGGGCGGCGUUCGUUGAAGUCACGAUAGACUAUUAUGCGGUUUUUUUGUUUUCUUUCGCUUCUCCGUUUACAGGUUCCUCUGAACUCAUACGGAUACGGGUUAAUUCUGGUUUCUUUGCCCUUACGUAUCUUGAAAAAAGUUGUGUAUCUCCUAGCGCAUAUUGAGAAGAGCUGAGGUUAGAUAGUCU